CACUGAGGUGUAAUCGCCGCACAGCAUGUCAAAGGUCGCCCGCCGGCCGCGACCACUUCAUUCUGAAAUCUUCUCGCCACAUCUCAAACCAUGCGCGCCUGGAUCUUGCUUGCACUUGCGCUUACGACUCUCGUUGUGGCCCCUGUCGAGGCAUGCCCCCUCGCAUCGCCCAAGAAAUCCAACUGCUGGUGCGACGCCACCAUGAACAAACCGAAAACCGUCGGCGACUGCGACAGCGCCAACCGCCAGCACUUCCACCAGAGCGCCCACAACGCCAAGACGAAGGGGGCCAAGUUUUACUUGUGCUGCGACAAGACCAAGUCCAAAUCGUAUUGCAUGACGAUCGCCCAGGCUGCGUCCUGCGGAUGGGAACAGGGGAUUGCGUUCUAUUAG